AUGCUCUAUUACUAUUACAUAGUUGCCUGCCAAUUAAUCUACAUUAUUCCGAGUCUAUCACUUUAUUUCCUCGAAUUCUUCUAUAUUGUUUUGAGUGGAGAUCAAGAGUUCAAUUCGGCUUUUCAUCGAUUGUUCAUUUUUCGAGGUAACUUUUAAAAAAACUUUGGCUGAAAAAUUCCUGAAAUUUUGCAGCUCCCGCUGAUUUCAUUCAAGUUCUCACAUCUCUCAUCGCUUUUCGAUUUCCGAUUGCUGGCUGGCAGGGCGCGUUAUCCUUCCAGAUUUUGGCCAAACUCGGAUUUAUGAUCUCACAAUAUUCGACACUUUUCGAAUUGUGUUUGCAGUUUUUGUUGUCGUUGAAUCGACUUUCGGCGAUUGCGACACCGCUGUCGCAUGCCAAGGUGAGAAAUUUGAAUUUUGAAGUUUGGCGGUUGUCCGAGUGAACUACACGGGAUUGUUUUUCGGAAGCCACUCCUUGAGGGGUUUUAUGACAAGGAUCAGCGCCUAGAAAUCCUAGUUCCCAAGUAACUGCGUCUAGUGAAUCUGAUUGUCUAGUAGACCUAUCAAGAGAUCCACUCUGACAAGUAGCAACGCCUAGAAAUCGCAUUUGUUAAGUUGCCGCGACUUGAAAAUUAAAUUGUCAAGGAUCAGCGCCUAGAGACCCUAGGUCUCAAGUAGCCUCGCCUAGAAGGCCUAGUUCUCAAGUAGCCACGCCUUAUAAAAUUCACUCUGACAAAGAGCAACGCCUUGAGACCUUUUUUGUCAAGGAUCAGCGUCUAGAGACCCUAGUUCUCAAGUAGCCGCGCCUUGAAGAUUAAAUUAUCAAGGAUCAGCGCCUGAAGAACCUAAUUGCCUAGGUCCCGCAUCUAGGAAAGCAAUGUGGCAAGGUUCCGCGCCUUGAGAAUCACUGAGGCUAGGUACGGCGCCUUGGGGGCUUAUAUGUCAAGAAGCCGCGCCUACAAGACCUUAGUUAUCAAGUAGACGCGUCUAUAUAGACGUGUCUAGAAAUUUAAAUUGUCAAGGAUCAGCGUCUUGAAGUCUCAUUUGUCAAGUAGCCGCGCCUGAAGAACCUAAUUCCCUAGGUCCCGCAUUUUGACAAUCAUUGUGGCAAGGAUCCGCGCCUUGAGAGCUUACAUGUCAAGUCUAGAGACACACCCCUCUUGAAAAUUCAAAUCCAAAUUUUCCAGCUGUGGAAUCCUCGCUCAACCCACCUGUUAAUCCUGCUAAGCGCACUGAUGUGCCUCAUCCCAACCUUCUCCAGAAUCCACCAAGAGGCCUAUUAUUUUCCACUGCAUGGGGCAGUUGUUCCAAGUCUUAAAAACCGUGAAGAUCAAAGUUUCAACUCAUAUGUUUCCUGUGCAAUUUACAUCUCAUUUUGUGUCGCUUGUCUAAUUUGCAACAUUCUUGCGAUCUAUGUACAUUCGAAAAAUCGGAAAAUGCAGGUGGGCUUGAAUUUUUUUUUAAUUAAAUUAAAUUUUAAAAAAAUAAAAAUAAAUUUCCAGCUCUUCGAAGCGCAACCCAACCUGGCUAGCAAAGUUCAAAAAAAUCUCCUCAUCUAUUCCUGCAUCUUCACCCUUGUCAUCAUCGCGAUGACAAUCUUUCAAUGCCUUCUAGCUCUCUCACUUUCUUCCGAUGCUCGUAAUAUUGUUAUAGUUCUGCUAACUCUAUCUGCCGAUCUGUUUGCCUUGUCAAAUCCAUGGUUAUUAUUAUUUUUGUCAAGCACAUUUCGCGAAAAGUUUUUGAAAACUCGGAGGCUUCCAAGAAUCUUUGCGUCCUCUUCAACGGGGAAACUCAUUGAAAAAUUUAUUAAUUUAUUUUAA